UGUCCGACUCAGAACAGCUAAGGACUCAGAGCCGCAAAACCAGCUGCAGCCAGUUCAUAAGAUAAGAACAUUUGGACACAUUCAAUACUGCAAGCAGCUUUUGUAACAAUUGUUUCCGCUUUGGUGACAUCGACAGAGCUAAUUUAAAUAAGAAAAUAUAAAGGAAAGCCACUUGGAUACUCCCAUAACUCGGAGUUGAACUUCUUCACCCGUCUACUUUGUUGGCCAAGGCUCACCACAGUAAAAAUGGAGAACCUGCACCCUCACUGCCUUAAAUGCAUUAACAGAAGAUGCAUGGUAAGACCAGAACUGGGUGUCUCCUGCGAUCUUAUUGGCUGUCCUCUUGUAUGUGGGGCAGUUUUUCAUUCAUGCAAGCUUGAGGAACAUCGUCUGCUGUGUCCAUAUGAGCGUCAGCCAUGCUUAAACAGUGGAUUUGGCUGCCCCUUCAUCAUCACAAGGAUCAAAAUGGCACAACAUCUUGAGACAUGCCCUGCAAGUAUAGUAUGUUGUACUAUGGAGUGGAACCGCUGGCCUGUAAGCUAUGCUGAUCGUAAGUCCUAUGAAAACUUGAGCAAAGACUUUGAUGAGGUGGAGCAGCUCGACAUGGCUUUGGCCCUGCAGGAUCAGAGGAUGUUGUUGGAGUCCCUGAAAGUCACAACCACUGUUUCAAAGAACGGAGAUAAAGAAGUGAAUGAAAGUGAUAAAAUGGCCACUAACUCAGAUCUGCCAGAGCCUGUCUUAGAUAGUGGAAUGAUGGAAAUGGAGGAAGAACCUUACAAUGACUUGUACAGAGCUUCGGUGGAGACAACCAGAAGUUUGGCUGCUGCCUUGGACAUCCUGACUAAUUCUAGUGAAAUUGAUGUGAUUGUUGGAAAUUUAAAUGGUGAAAAGACUGAUAAGAAUGGGGCACUCCAUAAUGGAGAAAAUGGUGAUAGUCAUAGUGUGUAUGUCACUGAGGGUGGGAAGAAUGUAGAAAUGCAAGAGAGUGACUCUGAUUCAGAGUUUGAGCUUGGAGCAGUAGGUGGAGUUGAUUGCACUGUAGGAACAGAUGGAGAAGAAGAAUCUAUUGAUUGGGCUGAAGAAAACCAGUUUGUUGAGCUAUUUUAUGAAGAAAGGGAGGACUUGGUUGAGGAACCAAUAAAUAAUUCCGACCUCGUUUGGCCAGAGAUGCCUCAGAAUUUCAUGCCAGUUGUAGCACUGGAGCAACCUUUGCCUCAACAAGCCCCACUUGCACCUCCAAUGCCAUUCCUGUUAUCUGAUCACAUGAGAAAUAACUUUUUGCAACACUUACCCACUGAGCUCAGGUACAGGUGUUUGGAGCGUAAACUGCAGAAUGUAGAGGUGCUUAGAGGAAUUAGUAUGUUUACAUUUAAUGGACGCCGCGCCCUGCUUUCCGACCCUUACUUGUUUCGAGCAAAGAUGGAGGACAAAGCGGUCGACACGUCUGACCUGGAGGUAGCAGAUGAUCCCAUGGGCCUCCACGGUAUCGAUCUCAUCACUGCAGCUUUGCUCUUUUGCCUCGGCGAUUCUCCAGGGGGUAGAGGAAUCUCAGACAGCAGGUUUGUUGAUGGCUACCACAUUGACUUUGGUACACAGACAUUCUCCUUCCCCUCAGCCAUUCUUGCAACUAACACCAUGGUGGGUGAUAUUGCUUCAGCCUCGGCCUGCGAUCAUGCCAGUCCACAGCUUUCCAAUCCCAGCCCCUUCCACACUCUCAGGCUGGACCUAGUGCUUGAGUGUGUUGCCCGAUAUCAGACCAAACAGCGCUCCAUGUUCACAUUUGUGUGCGGGCAGUUGUUCCGACGGGAUGAGUUCUCAUCUCAUUUUAAAAACGUUCAUGGGGAUAUCCAUGCUGGCCUUAAUGGCUGGAUGGAGCAGCGCUGCCCCUUGGCCUACUACGGCUGCACCUACUCCCAAAGACGAUUCUGCCCGUCCGUGCAGGGCUUCAGAAUUAUCCAUGACAGGCACCUUGGAUCUUUCGGGGUGCAACCUGGUUUACCAUUGAAAACUGGAGACACCUUCUCCAAAAAGACCCGCCACAUCGGCUCUCAGUGCGAUCAGUUCAGCAGUCUUCCGUUUGAAGUGUUGCAACACGUGGCAAGUUUCCUGGACAGCUUCAGCCUGUGCCAGCUGUCCAGAGUGUCCCGCACCAUGAGGGAUGUGUGUGCCAGUCUGCUCCAGAUGCGUGGCAUGGUUGUCCUGCUGUGGGAGAAGAAACGGCGGGAUGAUGGAUCUCCUUCUUGGCAGAUCACAGAUAAGGUGUGGCGAUUCAGCACAGCUUUUGGUACAGUGAACGAGUGGAAGUUUGCAAACAUCGCCAGCAUGGCCGACCAUCUAAAGAAGUGCAAGUUCAAUACCAUUGCUCGUCGAGAGGAAGCAAUCCCUCUGCCGUGCAUGUGUUUCACCAGAGAACUCACAAAAGAGGGAAGGUGCUUACGAUCAGUUCUCAAACCAGUAGCAUAAACAGAGAGGUCAUGUUUUGGACAUUUCUGUGACCAUAAGAACUCUAUCACACAUUUUCCUGCAGUGUUUACAGACAUUAGUCAUGCCUAAAAAAAAAUCCUAGUGGAACAUCCUAAACUAUUGGUGGUUCUUUGUUUUACAAUCUCAUAAUCAAGAAAAAGCCAGCCAUAAGCCAAUUUGUAUUUCAGCCAAGGGCGAACGACUGCAGUCACAGAUCAAGACUGUAAACAGGCCUAUUGAAGCACAAGCCUUGUGUCCUCCACUGAUAGAUUUAUUAAUACCACUGUACUGAAGCUCUGCCCGGAGCUACUCUGACAUUGUGUAAAUAAUUAGGUGUUUUUCAGUUAGAUUUGUUUUUUAUUUUUAUAUCAAAAAGCCAGUACUGUGCUGCACUUGUGGUAAGAGUAGAGCCUUAAUUUAAGAUACACUUGAUUUUCUAGUCAUGAGGUUGUUCAGAACAUCUCAGUGAGAUUUCUUUACUGCUUCUAGCUGGAACAGUUUACUGGUAUCUUUCACUAUUUUACAUCCUCUCCUGAUACCUAGAGUGACCAUGUGUGUUCUGCUUAGAACUUGGUGGAUUUCAUGGCUUUAAUAGUAAAUCUUAAGACUGACCAAACAUCUGUGUACAGUGUAUACUGUUUGAAAGGAUGAUCAGACUGUGGAUGUUGGGUUCUGCUCAUCAGCAUCGUCAUGAUCAUGUGUUCCCACAAUAACAAAGGUGGUCCAUUGUCCUCUUUUUAUCUCUUCCUUGACUAAUGGGCUAGCAUGUUAGUCAGGAAGUUGAGGUGCGUCAUGUAGCAACACUAUUCUCCAGCCUUAUGGCGCUAUCUUUUUUUGUCUACCAGCUACUUUGACAGGAAAACAAUUGUUUCUGUAUUCUUUAGUUUAAAAAAAGUCUACAUGUAGCCAGGAAAAUAAUGAAUGUAGUUGGUGAAUACAUCAGUGACUGUGGUUAACAAGCAGGAAGCCUGGAGACCCCGCCACCCUCCCCAAGCGUCAGACCUCAUAAAACCCUGCAGGCCAGGUUUUAGGAAACAUAAUGGGCACACACCUCACUUCAUUUAUAAUCUUCAUUAAUGUUUGUAGUUGUAUGUUUCAGAUCUACAUGCUCACUGUGUUUAUUUUGAUGGUGUCUCAGGGUUGUAGCUUUUCUCUGUAGGGAAAAUUGCUUAGAAUGACACAUCAGCCACUUGGCUCUCAGACUAAAAUACUGCCAGGCAGAGGGAAAAAAAGAAAGUGGUGAGGGGAUGUAUUAUUUGGAUAAAAACGGUAUCUGAAAAGAUGUGAUCCUGAUAUGUUUUGUUCCUGUUUGUGAGCAAACUGAAAUACUUUAAAAUACUGACAUAGUUAAAAAUGUCACAAAAAGGAACGUGUUAGAAUAGAAAACAUUGAUUUUGAGUGUGUUGUUGUGGGGGUUUUAUAUACUUUUUGAUUUUGUUUUUUUUUUGGUUGUUUUUUUUUGUUUUUCCUUUUUUUUUUUUUUUUUCUGUGUGCAGGGGCGGUAUUGAUGUACAGUCAAACAAUAUCAAACUAAUCUCUUUUUAUUCAUUAUUCCCAUUAUUCCCAAUCCAUCUUUGGUCUGUCUCUUUUUUUGUACUGGUACUUGUUUUUAGUGAGAAGUCUGCCUCAGUUAGGUUUAGUUGUGAAUUAUUGAUUUGCACAUGAUUGCAUGUACUGUAAAACUAAAAUCCAAAAGCUGAGGGGUUGUCUUUGCUUGAGUUGCAGGUAUUUUACUCUGUCAUGUUCUGCAUGUGAGUUUUGAAAUUGUAUUUAUCACUCCAGUUGCAGACUAAUUUUUACAGUUUAUUUCUCAGGCACUGUGCAUUGAUAUAGUAAAUUUUCACUUUUUUUCCAUCUGAUACCAGCAGGCUCAUAUAAAGAUUCAGAUGUGUAAACCUUUACAUGAGCCCGUUUAGGUUCUUAUAAAUAAGACGUAAAAGGGGUUUUCAGCUGCUGAUUACCUUUUUUGAUUUCAGACAUGCAGUCAUGUCUUUGCACCUGGAGUUUGUACACAAUUUUGUCAGUAUUUUAAGCUUUAUUUUCACUCCUGUUGAAGUGUUUUUUGACUUCUGUAUGUCAGCUUCAAAUGUUUGACUAUUGAAGCAGUUUAAUAAAGAGACACAAUUUUUAA